AUGUCGAUUCCUGCUCAUGCACUCAGGAAGAAAAUCAGGGUCACAGUCGUUGCUGCGGAUGGUCUUUCUAAGCGCGAUGUAUUCCGCCUCCCAGACCCUUUCGCCGUAAUCACUGUAGACGCCGAACAGACACACACUACUAGCGUCAUUAAAAAGACUCUGAAUCCAUAUUGGAACGAGAGCUUUGAUAUCACUGUCAAAGACUCCUCUGUCGUCGCAGUCCAAAUAUUCGAUCAACGUAAAUUCAAGAGGCGGGACCAGGGCUUUCUUGGGGUGGUAAAUGUGCGCGUUAGUGACGUGCUUGACCUCGAGUUAGGCGGCCACGAGAUGCUCACGUUGGAUCUGAAAAAGUCUAAUGACAAUCUGGUUGUCCAUGGGAAACUUAUCAUUUAUUUGUCAACAAAUAUCAAUCAGCCUAUGAACAACCCAGGUCCUUCACAGGUUUCUGGAGUUACAGACGCUCUCGCGAAUAUGGGACUAAACGAGUCUAACCUAUCGCUUUCACCCAGUGCAGCUGUUAAUGGGAACGUGCUCUCCCGUACGCCUAGUUCUCACGCCACGGUCGCGGAGGCAGCAGUUUCUCCUCAUCUUUCAAUGCCUACUCCUCACUUGACGUCGUCGUCGUCAUCAACAGGGCCUGAACUUGAACACCACGUUUCCCAUUCGUCACAAAGUUCUCGGCCGGUUAGCACUGGAGCGGGAGCUGCCGCUUCAUCGCAAAGUUCUUCUGCGCAGCUGACCACAUCUUCUGGACCAUCCACAAAUAAUGCUCAGCGGAACUUUAACCCCAAUGUUGACCAGUACGGGCCUCUUCCAACGGGCUGGGAGCGUCGUAUUGAUCCGCUCGGCCGAACCUACUAUGUUGAUCACAACACUCGGAGCACUACCUGGAACAGACCUUCAAGCAACCAAACUGUUAACAGCAACGUUCAGGAGGGAGAGACCAAUGCUGCCAGAGAUCAGCAUUCACGACGUAUCCUUGCAGAUGAUAUGGUUGAUGCAAAUAAUCCUUUGAACGCUAAUGCGCAUCGCGCUUCGUCCACCACACCGCAGCCAACAGGUUCUCCAGCUGGAUCAGCAAUUGCUGCGAGCAACAAUGCAACCACUGCUGGGUCUGGAAGUCUGCCAGCCGGAUGGGAAGAGAGGUAUACUCCAGAAGGUCGCCCAUACUAUGUUGACCAUAAUACGCGCACAACUACCUGGGUGGACCCUCGUCGGCAAACGAUUAUUCGUGUGAUGGGUCCGAAUGGCCAAAAUACAGCCCUUCAGCCACAAACGAUAUCUCAACUUGGCCCCUUGCCUUCUGGUUGGGAGAUGCGAUUAACAUCCACAGCUCGCGUUUAUUUUGUGGAUCAUAAUACGAAAACCACUACAUGGGAUGAUCCGCGCAUGCCAUCUACACUGGAUGCUAAUGUGCCUCAGUACAAGCGGGACUUUAGGAGGAAGCUCAUAUACUUCAGGAGUCAGCCGGCUAUGCGGGCUCAGCCUGGAAACUGUCAAAUUAAAGUCAGACGAAACCAUAUCUUUGAAGAUAGUUAUGCGGAAAUUAUGAGGCAAACGCCCAAUGACUUGAAGAAGAGGCUUAUGAUCAAAUUCGAUGGCGAGGAUGGUCUUGAUUAUGGAGGCCUGUCCAGAGAGUUCUUCUUCCUUCUUUCGCAUGAGAUGUUCAAUCCCUUCUACUGUCUCUUCGAAUAUUCGGCACAUGACAACUACACGCUACAAAUAAAUCCAGCUUCUGGUGUAAAUCCAGAGCAUUUGAACUACUUCAAGUUCAUCGGUCGUUGUCUCGGCCUUGGGAUUUUCCACCGCCGCUUCUUAGAUGCCUACUUCAUUGUCAGCUUUUAUAAGAUGAUUCUGAAAAAGAAGGUGACCCUAUCCGAUUUGGAAAGUGUGGAUGCAGAGUUACAUCGCGGUUUGACAUGGAUGCUUGAAAAUGACAUUACUGACGUCAUUGACGAAACUUUUACGACCACAGAGGAACGCUUUGGAGAGAUGGUCAACGUCGAGCUUAAGCCUGGAGGUGGCGAUGUUACGGUGACGGAAGACAACAAGAAGGAUUAUGUUGAUGCUGUGGUCGAGUACCGCAUCUCCAAACGUGUCAAGGAACAAUUUGAGUCCUUCAUGUCCGGGUUUAGCGAAUUGAUCCCUCAGGACUUGAUCACUGUCUUCGACGAGCGUGAACUCGAGUUGCUGAUCGGCGGAAUGUCUGAGAUUGAUGUGGAUGACUGGACCAAAUUUACCGACUACCGCGGAUAUGAGAUGAAUGACGAAGUGAUUCAGUGGUUCUGGAAGUGCGUCCGUGGCUGGCCUCCUGAACGGAAGUCCCGGCUCUUGCAGUUCGCGACAGGCACGUCUCGUAUUCCCGUCAACGGAUUCAAAGAUCUUCAAGGGUCAGACGGUCCUCGACGCUUCACGAUAGAAAAGUCGGGUGAACCGUCACAGCUGCCGAAGAGUCAUACGUGCUUCAAUCGCAUCGAUCUUCCCCCUUAUAAAGACUAUGCGAGCCUGGAGCAGAAGCUGACGCUUGCUGUAGAGGAGACUGUUGGAUUCGGUCAGGAGUAA